UCAUCCAGUUUGGUUUUGUCACCCUCUUUGUGGCCUCCUUUCCUCUGGCGCCGGUGUUCGCCCUCCUCAACAACGUCAUUGAAGUGCGGCUUGAUGCCAAGAAGUUCGUUACGGAGCUGAGGCGGCCAGAUGCUGUGCGAACCAAAGAUAUCGGGAUUUGGUUUGACAUCCUCUCGGGCAUCGGCAAGUUCUCUGUUAUCACCAACGCUUUUGUCAUCGCGGUCACCUCCGACUUCAUCCCCCGCCUGGUGUAUCAGUACUUCUACAGCCACAACGGAACUCUGCAUGGCUUUGUCAACCACACCCUCUCCUUUUUCAACGUCAGCCAGCUGAAGGAGGGGACGCAGCCCGAGAACUCACAGUUUGACCAGGCGGUUCAGUUCUGCAGGUUUAAGGAUUACCGGGAGCCGCCCUGGGCCCCGAACCCAUAUGAGUUUUCCAAGCAGUACUGGUCCGUUCUGUCUGCCCGUCUGGCUUUUGUCAUAAUCUUCCAGAACCUGGUGGUGUUCCUGAGCAUCCUCGUGGGUUGGAUGAUCCCUGACAUCCCCACCGACAUCAGUGACCAGAUCAAGAGGGAGAAGAGCCUGCUCGUGGAGUUCUUCCUGAAAGAGGAGCACGGGAGGCUCAGGUCGAUGGAGGAGCCUGCCUGGGGGAACCAGGGCGCCAGCCGCCGCAGGGGGGGGAGCCCGGCAGCCAGCCCAGUGCCCUCGGGCUGGGGCCAGCCGCGCAGCAGCGCGUCCCCGGGGUCCCAGCACACCAGUGUGUGACCAGCUGAGACCAGCGCGGGGCUGCGCACCCACACGGGUGUGGUGUCCGUCCUUCCGCAGGGUCUGGCCCGAGGGGCUCUUGAGAAGGGCGUGCGUGCGUGUGUGCGUGUGCGCGUGUGCGGACAGAGAUUAGAGACAGGAGGCAGAGAACGGGUGCAGGAGGGAAGAGAAUGAUGCUGCUUCUCAGAAACUUCAAGCUUGGGUUUCUUUUGGAUCCUCUUUUGAGCUGUAUCCUUUGGGCGAUCGGUACCCCCUUUUGCAUCCAUUGGUGAAAGAAUUGGGUCCCUCCAGCCCAUAGUCCCAGGCACCUCGAGCCCUGCCCUGUGCCCCCUCAGAUACCAUCCCCGAAUUUUGGUGGCCGCGGGCCAUGAGAAGCGCAGUCCGGGCCCUGUUUCAGCCCCAUCAUAAGUGAUCACCACCCCCCUCCCCACAGUCACCCUGAGAAAACCCUCUGCAUCACUGUCACAGCCUCAGUGGAUGCAAAUUAAGUUCCAUGGCUGACUGCUGUGGCCUCUGGACCCAAUGGUGAGGAGCAAAGGUCCAGACCUGGCCUUGUCUCCAGUUCAUGUCAUGGGGAUGCCUUGAGCUCAAUGCAAUGAGCCACCAUUUUAUGCAGGUUCAGGUUUAAAAUAAUAAAUUGAAACA